CAAAUCGAGGCCGCUAUGUUUACCAUAUAGGUACCUAUUUAAUCGUUGCUAUUACGGCCAUCUCAGAUAUAGUCUUGCAGCUGCCCAUUGAUACUCACUGGCAAAUACCAUGACGAACGUUACCAUGUAUUGAUCUCACGUCCUACUCCUACCCCGCUGGCUACUGCGUUGGUCUCCAUAGCCUAUCGCGUAUCAGUGCGCCGACGAGGUCGACAGGUACAUUGAUGAAUUAGUAGCCGAAGCACAAGAGAAGCCACUUGAAGAAAGUACUGAGAUGCAACGCGAGACUCUAAUCGCUGCCAUCUUGCGCUCGAACAUGGCCGCCGAAAACGACAAGAAACACAUUGAGUCGAUCGGGCGUUCCACCUUAACAAACGAAGAGGAUAGGGGUAAUGCCUAUAUUUUCCUCAUUACCAAUACGCACCAUCAAGAAGUCUAUGGGGUAUAAGUAUAUCAAAGCAAUACAGGCUAUGACACGACAGCAAACACGAC